UGUAAUUGGGCCCCAGCUGCCUGAAAAUUAGCAGAGGGUGUUAACUACCUGGGGCAGCUCUGAACAAGCUUUAGGUGCAGGGUAUAAAGCCCCAGAGCAACAGUAUCCCUUCAUACUGGGUUUGCUGUAAGCAGGCAGGAUGGGGUAUAGAGACAGCUUAGGCUUUGCUCUUCUGUGCUGGGUGGUUAGUGGGGUAACCAGUUACAAUCCUUGGGAUUUCUCUAGGAGUGACUUGGCCAUCUGGAGACCCACCCCCAGAGCUGAGCCCCCUCUCAGAAAUGCCCAUGUGCCCUCUCUUGCCCUGCCCUACCCCUGGGCUGUGUCCCCGCUGCAGCCUGUCAUGCUGCAGUGUCAAGAGGCUCAGAUGGUGAUCACUGUGCACAGGGAUCUGUUUAGGACGGGGCGACUGAUCAAAGCUGCUGACCUGAGCCUUGGCCCAGCUGCUUGUCGGUACACGUCCCUUAAUGCUGCACAGAGUACAGUGAUCUUUGUAGCUGGGCUCCAUGAAUGUGGCAGCACCUUACAGAUGACCCCAGACUCCCUGGUUUACAGCACAAGCCUGAACUAUAACCCCACCCCUGCCAGCAACUCUGUGAUCCUGAGAACCAAUCCAGCCGUGAUUCCUAUUGGGUGUCACUACCCCAGGAAGGACAAUGUGAGCAGUAAAGCCAUCAAGCCAACAUGGGUUCCCUUCAGCUCUACCCUGUCUGCUGAGGAGAAGCUGGAUUUCUCCCUGCGCCUGAUGAAUGAUGACUGGAGUGCUGAGAGAUCCUCCAGUGGAUUCCAGCUGGGGGAGGUCAUGCAUAUCCAAGCUGAUGUCAGCACUGGGAACCAUGUGGCUCUGAGGCUCUUUGUGGACAACUGUGUGGCCACCCUGACCCCAGACAGGGACUCCUCUCCCCGCUAUGCUGUCAUUGACUUCAAUGGGUGCCUGGUGGAUGGGAGAUCAGAUGACACCACCUCAGCCUUCAUAUCCCCCAGGCCCCGGCAGGACACGCUGCAGUUCAUGGUGGACGUGUUCAGGUUUGCAGGAGAUGCCAGGAACUUGAUCUACAUCACCUGCCAUCUGAAAGUCACUGCAGCUGAGCAAGCCCCAGAUCCCUUGAACAAGGCUUGUUCCUUCAACAAAGCAGGCAACAUCUGGUCUCCAGUGGAAGGCACCAGAGACAUCUGCAGGUGCUGUGAGACUGGGAACUGUGGAUUGCUUGGAAGACAGUCCAGGAGAGCAAAGCAUUUGAAUAGAUGGCCAGGAGAGAACUUCCAAAGAGAUGUGGUUUCCAGACGCGGCUCCCUUUCUAGGAGGGAAGCAGAAGCUGAAGUUGUAGUAGGACCCCUAUUCAUCAUGGAUGCCUAUAAAGGAUCCAGGGAUAUUCUAGCAGAUCCAGUGGAAGUGGGAAAGGCAGCCUCCGACAGAAGAUGGCAUCAGAGGGGGCAGGAGAGAAGGCUUGGCUGAGGCUAACCAUGGUGACUGUGUAGGGUUUUUACCUACUAAUAGGCGUCCUCCUCCAUAUCAAAUGGCCGCAGUUUCAUUGUGGGAGCUGUUGUGGGAGCUUUACCUUCUGUAUAAUGACAAAUAAAAUCCACUGGAAUCUGA